AUGGCGCUGAUAUUAACAGGUAGCCUCCCUACUCCCCCCCCUCCACCCCACCCCAAUUAACAUCCGGUAGUGUUCCUGAUCUCCGGCUCGACCAACGAAACCGCUGGCGUCCGCGCUCUCUACAACAUCGAGCUAAAAUGGAGCGAGCCAACUACGACAACUGCUUCGACAGAAACCACGGUGCUAGCUAGUGUGGUCCUCGGCGUUGGGACGGAGACACGGGCCACUACCACCUCACAGAAGACAACCACAACAAGGCUGAGUAGCCGGGCGACGACGAGCACUGUCCCCAAGGUGUCCCCCACGACGGAGGCGGCGGCGGCAGUCACGAGGAGUAGUGGGGAGUUGGCUGUCAGAAGCCCUGCAAAGGCCACUGGUACUGCGGGCCUGAGAGGGGUUGAUAGGUCGGUGUAUGAGCCCGAGCGCAACUUCGAACGUUGGGAGAGAGGAAAUGUUCGCCCUCCAGCCGGGAAGGGCAAGAGGCCGCAUCUCGCGGUCGCAAGAACAGAACAUAUCAACAACCCCACGAUCCACCAAAUACUCCGCCCCCGCGCCUCCCCGAUUUCCUCAAACGCUACAAUCCUGAUCUCAUACUUCGGCCUAUGCACAUAUACCCCAGAAACCCAGUGGCAAUGCACCUCCCGCCGCACAACCGACAAUUCCUUUAGCCCGCUCCCACCUCCCGUGCGCGCCCUCUCGAAAGCGCUCCAAAAAGCACUCUCCCCACUCCCGCCCAUUCUGACAAUCGUCUCCCUCGGCCUACUCCUGCUCACGACUAUAGCACUUGCGUUCGUGACAGCCCUCGCUGGAACCCGUGGGACAAUUCUGGGACAGGUAUAUCUGGGUGUCGGACUACUAGCUGUGGUUGCAGGAGUUUUCUCGGCAGUUCUGUUCUGUCAGUCUGGCCUCCUGGUUUUUGCCAUUCUGGAUGGUAUGCAGGUGGGCGGAGGCGGUAGAGUAAGUGUGCAGAAGGGCGGGAGCGGGAUUGCGGUUGCCUGGGCUGCGGUUUUCUUCGACGCAGUGGGUUUUUUGGGCCUUAUUUGGCUAGUUUUGUUUGCCUCCGAGGAUACUGUCACGGGUGGGGGUAGUGACGGGGGGAGUGCUGGAUUGUCAAUUUUUAGCCACAUAUUUGGUAGGAAGAAGGAUGAAAAGGGGCCCGGAUUAGAAGGGGACAUGGACAGAGGAAGGAAUUCCCCCGCCCUCCCAGAAGACGUAUACCUCGGGCUCCGAGGCGGCGAUAUUACGAUAAGUGCGCCGAUGGAAGUGCGCAGGGAGGUACACCCUCUUAGGGGGAAUUUUCAGAGGGAAAAUCAUCCCCCCUCCAGAGAGGUUGGUGGGGAGAGGGAGAGGGAGAGGGAGAGGGAGAGGGAGAGAGUUCUGAGUGUUGGUAGUGUUAGCAGUGUCAGCGCCCUUAGUGAUAGUAGUAGCGUUAGAGGGGCAAAUGGGGGAAGACAGGAGAGUACCAUUAGCGUUGUUAGUGAUUUGACUGCCGUCAGGGGGACAGGAGGUGCAGGAAGGGGAAGACUGGAGAGCGAGAGGGUGCGGAAUAUGAGGAGAGGGAAUUCGCCUUUCCCGGGCGGGUGGAAUAUGAUUUAA